AUCAGUAGGACAGGAUAAGAGCAUUACGCAUAGUCAUAAAACUACAUGGAAAAAACGUUGAUGUGUAUAUAUAUGCCCGGCCUGCUUAUAACUUACUUGCUACUUACUCACUAAUUAAUAUUUCAUCAAUUGAAAAGGAACUACAAAUAGAUAGAUCAAAAGCCAGAAUGGAUUACUUGCGAGCAAAUGGUGGGGUUUGUACAUUAAUAAUUAUCAGUUUCACAAUUUCCCUGUGUAUGAACAAUUCAUCCGCGGCAGGGCUGAAUACUAAGUACUACUCCAAGCUCUGUCCAAAUCUCGAGUCCACCGUCCAGAAAGUCGUCUCCGAGAAAUUCAAGCAGACUUUCGUCACCGUCCCCGCCGUCAUCCGCCUCUUCUUCCACGACUGUUUCGUCUCGGGAUGUGAUGCUUCCGUGGUGGUGGCGUCGACGCCGGGAAACACGGCGGAGAAGGACCACCCGGACAACCUGUCGCUGGCGGGGGACGGAUUUGACACGGUGAUAAAGGCUAAAGCGGCCGUAGACGCCAUCCCCAGCUGUAGGAACAGAGUAUCGUGCGCUGACAUUCUCGCCAUUGCCACCCGAGAUGUUAUUUCUCUGGCAGGUGGGCCAUGGUACCCAGUUGAGUUAGGAAGACUUGACGGCCUCACAUCAAAGGCAUCAAACGUUGAAGGGAGACUACCAAAGCCAACCUUCAAUUUGAAUCAGCUCAACUCUUUGUUUGCUUCUCAUGGUCUUACUCAAACGGACAUGAUUGCUCUCUCCGCGGCCCAUACUGUGGGAUUUUCUCACUGCGACAGGUUCUGGAACCGGAUAUACAAUUUCAGCCGAGGAAGCCCACUGGACCCAACUCUCAACAUAGAAUAUGCCUCUGAAUUAAAGGCCAACUGCCCUAAGACUGUGGACCCACGGGUAGCAAUCAAUAUGGACCCGGUCACUCCCAGGAGAUUCGACAACCAAUAUUUCAAGAACCUACAGAAUGGAAGGGGCUUGUUCACUUCUGAUCAAGUCCUGUAUGAGGACGCAAGGUCAAAGUCCGCCGUUGACUCAUGGGCUAAGAACCCUAAAGCCUUCCAAGAUGCAUUUAAGCUUGCAAUCACUAAAUUGGGUCGGGUUGGGGUUAAAACCGGAAAAGGCGGGAAUAUUCGUUUCGAUUGCGGGAAGCUCAACUAAGUUCAACUGAUUGAUUUUUACUCAUCACCCCCUUGUGAAAAGAUUUUUUUUUGUUUUUGUUUUGACUGAUUAUGCUUAAAUUUAUGCAAUAAUAAAAUGUAUAAUAGUUGUGUAUUAGUUCUUUGUUGCAUAAGUUUAAUCAAAUAAAAAUUGCGUGCAAAUGUAUAUUGUUGUGAACCGUGGAUUCAACACGAGCUGUUGUAAGAAUUAUUAUUAUUAUUGUUAUUGUUACUAUUAUUAUUAUUAUUAUUAUUAUUAUAUUAAUUAUUAUUAUUAUUAUUAUUAUUAUUACUACGUAGUAUUAUUUUGCAAG